AUGAUUAAAGUAUUUAUUCUUGGUGUCUUCGCCCUAAGUAGUGUAUCUAGUGAAAAUGUUAUCGAAACAUUGGAAAAUGGAGAAACUGACCUCCUUAAGCAAGGGUCUGAUUAUUUACAUACGCCACAGCGUAUAUAUUUUAAGGAUGAUGACUCAUUGAACGAUGACCACGACUACAAUUUUUUAAACCAAAAUAUUGAUCGUAUGGCAAGAUAUGACAGCUAUGCUAAGCAUAGCAAUAGUCGUAGCUAUGAAUACUUAGGUCCGAACAAAAAUCAAUAUUUACCUUAUAGCCAUCACGAUGUUCCAUUGGCUCAUACGCAAGUUAUCAGUGAUAACAUUCACGGGCUGCAAGUGACGAACAAAAUACCAUCUAUGAAACUUGAUCAACCAUAUUAUAGAACCCCACCGAAAAAUUCAAUCAAUGACUAUAGUCUUGUUCUAAACGGUCACGAACGCCCCAGAACCUACGAGGUUCCAAAGAACUUGUGUGUAGAUUGUGGCCACUAUCAUGCCAAUGAGUAUUCUGAAAAUCCAACUCAUUACCAACCUGAAAAAACAUUCCUUAACGAUCAAUCGAAAGAUGUUUACAAUCCUUAUUUGAUCCAUAAUUCUGAAAAUAAUCACGGAUACUCACGUGAAUCGUACAUCGAUGCAGAGUCAGAAAAACAGCGAGUUUUAGAUAAAAUCAACUACAUUUAUUACCAUGGUAAAGACAUUCAAUAUAACAAGACGUCACAUAACAAUACAAAUCCAAGAGAGCCACUGUAUAAAAGUGACCCACAUUACUUACAUAAUAAGCCAUAUCACAGUGAUAAUAAUUACGAGUAUAAAGUUAAAGCUAAUGGUCUAUUCCCAUAUGGACCAAAACACGUGGAUUAUAACCCUGUAAGAGUAAACAAUUAUUAUUCAUCACAUGAAUACAAUGAUAAACCUGAACCUAAACAUGAAAACUAUUAUGGUCAUAAGAUUGAUGCAUCUGAUAGAUUCACACCUAAUGUUUAUUCUGAAGUAUUAGUUUAUCCGCGUAGUAAAUAUGAAUACGAAACCUUAAACACCACCAAUAAUUAUACUGACACAAACCGAAAUAUUUACUAUAACCCAUAUUUUGACUAUGCACCUGAUACUAAAACAGUUAAUAGCGACAACAACUCAUAUUCUAGGGACCUGACAACUACAGUGUUGCAAAAUUUACUUAAUUCUAAUAAUAAAUAUCCUAGCUCACAUCCUAAUGUACACCCGAAUGAUUUGUAUAAUUCAGAACCCAAACACUUGUACAAUAACUACGCACAUGAAAACUAUACUCCUCAUAACAACAGAGAUUUAAAUAAAGACAUAAUUAGAAUACAAUAUCCGAACAACAAUUAUAACCAAUAUAAUGUACACUCCAAUAGUUUAUAUCAUAAUGGAGGCAAAACUGUUUAUCAUGGCCUAGCCAAUAACAAUUAUGUACCCAAUAGACACUUUAAAGAUAUAGUUGAAGAGGUGAAAAGAAUAUUGGAUUCACGUAAGAAACAUGUACCCUACAUAAAUGCUUCUUAUAAAGACAACUAUGAACACAUAACGGAUGUACAUGAAUUUGGUUCAAAGAAACAACAAGAGCCGUUUGUAAACGAUUACGCCAGUGAACAUCUUAUCGAUCCCAAAACCAUUAACAACGCCUACGGGCAACUGGAUAUGCAUCGAAACUACAAACAUUUUAAGGAUGUCGUUGAAGAGGCUAAAAAACUGCUAGAACCUAAAAAUAAAUAUGACGUUUAUGCAAACGUUCACGGUUCUGAUUUCGAGCAUUCUGGACCUCGUGAAAGACUCUAUGGAAAACUAACACAUCCAUUGGAUAGGACAAGUGUUGGUGUUUUACAUCCAUACAAAGUUCGACCAAAUCCUUACAUUUUACCAGAAUACAGACGCUAUCAAUCGCAAUAUAAUGAUCUUCCAAGGAAUUAUAAUCAUCAUGAAAACUUAUCAUAA